UUCGGAGGGGGGUAAAUUCAUCGUUAGACAAGCAAACACAGAAUGGUAAGAACAUACAUAUCUCAAGGCACACAGUAACACGAAUAGCACGUUCGAAUGACAUUUAAUCACGCCACGAAAGCAAUAAAAGCGAGAAUGUAGUGGUUGGGACUUAUUUCACAAAUUGCAUAGACUACCCUGGAAUAGAUUAGAUUAGUUCACAUGUCAUUCUUCAGUAAUUGGAGUUCUUCAUCCGAAGAUGAGGGAUUUUGGCCUCCUCCAGGUCGGAGGAAAAGACACCCUGCUGGUAAUAGACAACCUGAUGACUCCAACAGCACGUCAUCUAGUGAUUGUGUGUCAAAUAUCUUAUUUCGAUCCAGUGAUCCUGUGUUUAUUGCUCAAAAUGGCUUGAAACCCCAUAGAUUCCAUUUGAAUCAAUCACCUAAUUCAUCGAGUGGGAUAUUCUCUCAGCCAGGCAAUUUUUCUUAUCAAUCCAAUGAAAUGAAUUUUCCAUCAUUAUUCUCAGAGAGUUUUGAUGCUGUUCAAAAUUGUUCCGGAAAAACUAGUGCUAACCUUUGUUCACGAUUUAACGCAUGCCGUAUUAAUGAUGACCAGCCCAACGCAGAAGACCAGUCUAAUUCUUCCACUCCCCCAAUGCUCCGAAGAUUUCUAGAUAGUCAAGACAAUCCAAGGACCGAUUGUUCCCAGUCAUUGCCCCCGGUGAGAUUUCAAACUUGGGUAGAUGGUUCUCCUUUGAGUUAGUAGUGUUUAUGUUCUACAUUCAUUACUUCUAUGCUUACAUUCCAAAGAAUUUAAUAUUUUCUCUUUUUUCUACUAUUAUUACUGCAGUUAAUUAUGAAAUAACAUUAUAUUAUAACAUAUUAUAUGUUAUACCUAACUAUGUAUUCGGUGAUUUUGUACAUGAAUAUUAUUUAUUGUUU